AUGGGGCCGGGGACGACGACUCAGCUGCUGGCACGUUUUCUUGAUACCACUUUUGGGUAUCCUGUGGUCCUCCUGGAGAGACGCGAGAUCACGAGGGAGCUUACGGAGCCUUCGUACAUACACGUACAUGUAAGAAAAGCCACAUGGAGCGCCGCCGUCGUUCCGCUUCAUGGCCUGCAGUGGGGCCGGGGUCCGAUCCGCCGGGACGAUGGAGUCCGUGAUAGGCUCGAUUCGCGUCUCAGCCGCUCAGGCAGGCUUGUUUUUCCUCUCCUUCUGGAACCUACCGUUGGGUUCUACCGUUUCUGGGCUGUGAUGGGGAUGGAGAGAAACUCGGCAAGCGUUGUUUGGCCUGACCACAUGAGACGUGGGACAACUCAUCAGGGACUGCAUGAUUUGCUUCGUUCUCACCGCAACCGGAUGAAACUAUUGGCCCCGGAGUGUGCCUCGACGUGUUGGUGUGAGCGAGUGCGCUGCGCUGUCGUGGCGCUGCAUCCAUCCAUGUCCGUUUAUCUCUUCUCUUUGGGCCAGCGAUCCUUCCAGAUGACGAAAAGCUUUAAGCGUUCAAGCAGAGCGGCUGAUCCAGACUGGACGAGACCGUGGCUUGUUACAGGAAGCGAUGGAGGUAGUGAUAGAGGUGGUGUUGGUGGUGUUGGUAUUAUUGUCAUUAUGGAGGUGGACGACGACGAUGCGAUUGGACACUGGGCUGGAUCCCAAGGACCAGGCACGCAGGCAACCGGGGCCGAAAAAGAAAACAAGCAGCAAAAAAAACAAGCAAGGCGGGUAAGGCGAGGCAGCAGGGGCAGGCAGGCAGGCAGGCAGGCAGGCAGGCAGGCAGACAGGGCAAGCAAGCAUUGCAUGGACAACGUCUUCUGA